ACUUUUUUUUUUUUUUAAUUUUUAAUUUUAAUUUCUCUUCUUCCAAUACGUCACCACCAGUGACCCGUAAAACACAAGGCGCCACACACACCUCUUUCCUUUGCCUCUGAAACACAAAAACUGAGAAUGCAAUCUUUGUCUCCCUCAAAGUCUCACUCAAAUAAGACAUUCCCAUUUCCAUUUUCAUUUUAAUGGUUUAUUAUACACAGGUAACAGGAUGGGAGCUCAGAAGAGCAUCCAUGCUGGCAAAGCCAAGAUUGAUGUAAAUGUUGACCUCACUCACAAGCUAUGCGCUUCUUUGAUGCUUACUCCUUUCAGGAGCACUGGCAGUCCUCUUUCUCUGGUAAUUGGAAGUCUUUACAUCAAACAUCCGAACUUAUUUGGUGGAAGUGAGAAGCUUGAUGUAUCAUUAGACAAGGGGCUCUAUGAUUCAAAUGUCUUAAUAGCUUAUAGGAGGCCGAGACCGGAAUGGCUUGCUCAACAGUCCUUUGUUAUUCAGCAUUCCAUUUCACCUGAGAUCGGGGUCCAUGGUGUCCCCAUGGACAACUUCUCCCGUUCAGGGAGCGGAGGUGUGAAUCUGUCUCGAUUAGCAGUUGGAUUGGAUCUGAAUGAGCCAGCAAGUACCAAAUGGAGCAGCACAACCAGCAUAAAAUUUGAGCAUAUUCGUCCUUUAAGUGAUGAUUGCCGCUCGAUAAGCAGAGAUUUUGAUGGGUUUCCUGUGACGUGCAGUGGUAGUUCCCAUGACAAUAUGGUAGUUUUAAGACAAGAAUCUCGAUAUGCAAGGGCAAAUGAUCAUAGUUUUUGUCGUUUGAGUCUGCAAAUAGAACAAGGGAUUCCAGUUCUAUCUAAGUGGCUAAUCUUCAACCGGUUUAAAUUUAUUGCAUCAAAGGGAGUUAAACUUGGUCCAGCAUUUCUUUUGACAAGCCUGACAGGUGGUUCCAUUGUAGGGGACAUGGCUCCUUACCAAGCAUUUGCAAUUGGGGGUCUUGGCAGUGUGCGGGGUUACGGUGAGGGUGCAGUUGGAUCGGGGAGAUCAUGUCUGGUUGCUAACAAUGAAUUGACAUUCCCAUUGCACAAAAUGUUGGAAGGUGCUAUUUUCUUGGACUGUGGAACUGACUUGGGAUCUGGUAUUCAUGUACCAGGAAAUCCAGCACUGCGGCAGGGCAAACCCGGAUGUGGUGUUGGGCUUGGAUAUGGUCUUCGGUUUAAAUCUCAGUUUGGUCACUUUCAGGUUGAUUAUGCAAUCAAUGCAUUUCAACAGAAGACUGUCUACUUUGGCAUCAGCAACCUUGCUUCCUGAAUAUAUGCCUCAUUGCAAAUUUUAUCCUUUCUUCAAUCACUGAGAUUUUUAUUGCAGUGCCAGUACAUUACUGUUCUCUAUCACUGAUAAAGUUGCAUAUUCCAUGAAUUGUUCAAGCUGCAGAUAUCCAAGUUUCACUCCCCAUUUGACCAUUAACUUGAGAAACUGAAGGGCACAGGAAUUAUUUGCUUCUGCCUUUUAUUCUAAUUUUUUGCGUGAUGUUAAAAGUCCAAUGAUUUCUGCAAGAGAUGAUCUAAAAUUUUCUUUGACUACAUAUUUGUUCAGGGGGAGAGGAAAAAAUGUACAGAUAUUUCUUCCUAUAAUAAAGAAAAUCUAAUGUAUUCCUUUUC